GUUUUGGCACACAAUAAUUCUGUGGAUCUCCAAGCAAAGCAGGGAUUGUCGGAAAGUGAGAAAAUUAACGCUUCCAAAUAUGAGCAUGAAGACUGAAAUCUAAAGCAGACGAGAGAAGCAAUCUUCAAAGAAUACGAACAACUGAUGUCCUCGGAGGGCCGCAGUUCCGCGGUGCGCUGAUCGCUUUCCCUCGACUUGCACGACGUCGCCCACAUCCUAAAAAUAGACUCCCUGCUGUGCAGCCAAGAACCAAUGAUCGAGGAGUUAAUAACAGGAAACCACCUGCCUUCUCCAGAGGAGCUGCAGGAUGCCAGCAUCCUGUCUUCAGAUGUAUGGGUGAACUGCUCGGCAAGCGGGGACAUCGAGUCUGAAACCGUACAAGGAAAUCCGUAUCUGAAGUUCCUGAAAAAACCUGAGCACCUUGCUGCCACCUGGCGACCUAAAGACGAAUUUGUGGUGCCAUCUGGAAUGUACAUUUCCGCUGCUGCUUCGCUUCUUGUCGACCCGAAGAAAACCCUAAACGACAAAGCGAAAGCAGUCACUAGCGCCAUCGUAAAAGACUUUUGUCAGUGGAUUGAGAAUCUUGGCGGGAUGGAAAAAUCACAGAUGACAGAGGACACAGUGCAACAACUGUUCGAGAUCGGCUUCAACACUCCAGCAGCCAGAGCUAUCUGUGUGAGAGUUAAGGAACUACCUGCGGUAACUGAGAGUGCCGCCCAAGCACGCAACCUGCCGAAGAGAUCGGUGAGUGCCGCCCUGCGACGUGAGAUCUUGAGAGAUGUAAAUGCUGAGAGGAAGCCUGCGCGCCUUGUAGGUUUCGGCACUGCUCUGUCCACCCACUCGCCGCUCCGCUACAAGCCACCUAGAAACCAGACGCAGAAGCGCUGGCUCGACUGCCCGAAUAUUCCCGAAGGUCUAGAGUCAAUGCAAGUGGUGUGGGAAGGCAUCGCAAAGCUCAGGUCCACAAGAUCUUACUGUCAGUGGUUGACUGAGCACUCCUCCAGGCCGCAGCCACCAUACCUGGUGCAGCAAGCGAUACAGGGACGGAGCCAAUGUCGGAGCUUCCACGGCGAGGGUCGGAACGCCCAGAACAGUGCGCAGUCUCAAUAAGUGCGAAGUUUUGAAUAAAUCUGCAUGCUAACUAGUAAAUUUGUUUUCGACACCGAAAAUUGGCCUAAUUUAUUUUUGCAUCAUGAGCACAUGACAAGCUUCUUAUUCCGCCGUAGAACUACAGUCUAUAGGCCAUAGAUUGGAAAUCACUGCACCGGUGCGAAGUUUAGCAUCGUUUUAGGCAACCUAUUAUAGGGUUUGUGCAUAUUAACAUCUGGAGCCCCUUGAUAAUCCAUUACCUCACCGAGCCAUAAUUAUUUUAGUAAGAGACAUUAUUUCUAUUACGUACUUGUUAUAUACUUAAAAAUACUAAGAAGUGUGUUUGUCCAGAAGAAAAACAAGUGUUGUGUAUUAUUGAGAGCUGUAAACACAUACGGUAAAUUGCAAGAAUCCGUCUCAGAAGUGCAAUGGGUGCAGUGUGUGUCUCUCUCUACAACAGAGACCAGCUAAGAAUUAAAUAUCUGUCUAAAAUAUGUAC